UUAGUCGUGUUUUUCGUUCGCUAUCGAGAACAUGGCUCGUUCCGAAAUAAUAAUUUUGGCCUUUUUGGCCGGUGUUCUGCUCCUAGAUGGCGUAGCAAAUGCUGCACUACAUCGUAUACCCAUCCAGAGAUCGCCGCACUACAAGCGAAGCCACAAAAAUAUCGUAGCGGAAAGGGAUUUUAUUCAGCAGAAAUAUAAUCUUAACUCAGCCAAUGGUUAUCCGAUGGAGCAACUAACCAACUAUGAAAAUUUACAGUACUACGGAAAUAUUAGUAUUGGAAGCCCACCGCAGUAUUUUCUGGUACAAUUCGAUACCGGCUCCUCGAAUCUUUGGGUUCCGGGAAGUUCGUGUUUAAGUUCAGCGUGUGUGGAUCAUCGGAGGUACUACGGAUCGGAGUCCAGUUCUUAUGUGGCAAAUGGAACUGGCUUCUCGAUAACCUAUGGAACUGGCAGUGUUUCUGGUUAUCUAUCGGUGGAUUAUGUGGGCUUUGCUGGCCUGACUGUCCAGAGUCAGACAUUUGGCGAGGUCACCACCGAGACUGGUACCAAUUUCUUGUACGCCUAUUUCGAUGGCAUACUAGGUAUGGGUUUUCCCGCUCUGGCUGUCGAUGGAGUUACUCCGACGUUCCAGAAUAUGAUUAACCAGAAUCUCGUUCAGCAACCCGUUUUUUCAUUUUUCCUGCGGGACAAUGGCACUUCCAUCAAUUAUGGUGGCGAACUAAUCCUGGGCGGUUCGGAUCCAUCGCUUUAUAGCGGUGAUCUCACCUAUGUGGAUCUCAUCCAGGCGGCCUAUUGGAAAUUCCAAACUGAUUCGAUCACAAUCGGAAAUACUAUUAUUAGCAUUAACGAUGCAGCAAUAGCGGAUACUGGAACUUCUUUGAUUAUCGCUCCUAUAGCGGAAUUCGAUCAGAUUGCUGGAAUUUUUGGUGCCAAUGCCGAUGGUCUAUUUCAAUGCAACAAUCUGAAGUCGAUUCCGGAUCUGGUGAUCAACAUUAAUGGCGUAGGAUUUAGGAUUUCGGCCAAGUAUUAUGUCGUCCAGGAAGGAGAGUUCUGUUCCCUGGCCAUUCAAUCGAUUAAUCAGGACUUUUGGAUUUUGGGCGAUGUAUUUUUGGGGCGUUUCUACACUGAAUUCGAUGUGGGCAACCAAAGACUGGGAUUUGCUCCGGUGAAUUCCGCGGUUUCCCUAAAUCUUUUGGGUCUAGGGAACAUGUUUUUGGUGGCAUGUGGACUGUGGACUUCCAAGAAAGUAUUCUUUUAAAUUAUGAAAACUGCCCUUAAAUAAAUUUGAAUCUUGAUAUGGUUAAAAUUUUUUUUUUUAAAUCACCAUUCCUAGUGUUAAGAAAGUUGUGACUGUACAAAAAAUUGAAAUAAAUUGAUAUUCAAGAGUG